AUGGUUCGAAUUGCCAUAGCUCAAAUUCGCUCUACCGAUUCCGCGGAAGCAAAUUUGCACAUAAGUGAAGACCUUAUUCAACAGGCUUCUAGUGAAGGCGCCCAGGCUAUCUUUUUUCCUGAAGCUUCCGACUACAUAUGCUCCGACGGGGCAAGAUGCAAGCAGCUUUGCCAGCCUAUAGAGUAUUCAAUCUUUGUUCAAGGUUUGCGAAAACAAGCGAGAAAAUACAAGCUGCCUGUCGCAGUUGGCAUCCACGAGCCUUGCACUGAUGCCGAAAACACACGCGUAAAGAAUACGUUGGUAUGGAUAAAUGAGGCUGGUGAAGUCCUGCAUCGGUAUCAAAAGGUGCACAUGCUUGAGAUGAAACUCUCAGACGGCCCUCAGAUUCAUGAAGGCGACUUUUGUCAGCCAGGAAGAUCCGUACUUUCACCCUUCGAGACCCCCAUAGGGCGAGUAGGUGCAAUGAUUUGUUUUGAUUUACGUUUUCCGUCCCUAGCACAGAAACUCGUCAGCAUGGGAGCUGAGAUACUCAUCUACCCUUCAGCAUUUGUACCUAAUACCGGGGAGCUUCACUGGAUCCCACUUCUGCAAGCAAGGGCGAUUGAGUGUCAAGCAUAUGUCAUAGCUCCAGAUCAGGUCGGACAGCAUAACGAACAAAGGUCGAGCUACGGUCAUAGUGUUGUUAUUGACCCUUGGGGUCGUAUCAUUGCUCAGCUAGGGAGCGAGGAGAACGUUCUUGCGUAUGCCGAAAUUGAUCGCGAGCAAGUCAAGCAUGCACGGCAGAGCUUGUUCUUGAGAAAAAGGGAGUAA